AUGGAACCACGCAAUCCGCCGCCUGAUAAUGAAAUGGGUGGUACUGAAAUCGCCCAGCCACCCAGGUAUUCGGGCCCUAUAACGGGUGUGCAGCCGGCCGUACAGCCCUUUGCCGGUCGUAUCGGUGGCAAUCAGGCGCUGGUACUAGACCGGAAUGAUCCCAAGAAUUCGGAUUACCUAAAGGCAGUGCCGGACGCGGCACCGUUCAUGAGAAUAUCUGAAGCGUUGGAUGUGCGCGGUUUUCUUGACUUGAAUCUCUGGAAGUUUGCUGUCGUCGAGGGCGUAGCCUCAUUUUUGCUCAUCUUCAUCACCGGCUGGAUUGCCAUCCAGCCCAAACCAAGCUCGUCAUCAUCAGUAUCAACAAACACAAGUUCCGCGGGAGUCUUCGGAACCACAACCUUCUUAGGCCCUCUGGUCGGCGGAAUCACGAAUUGGCUGUUCCUCACUUUGUUCAUCUACUGUUUCGCACCCAUUAGUGGUGGCCACAUCAACCCCACCAUCACACUGGCUACCUUCUUUGCACGCCUUAUCUCUUUUCCGCGUAUGGUUCUGUAUCUCAUUGGGCAAACAGCCGGUGGUGCACUCGCAGGUCUAGUGCUCAAAGACGCCUACGGAUCAUCGGACUUUGCGGCUGGCGGUUGUCUUGUCGAGACAAAUCUGGUUGAGGUUCGACAGGCAUUCGUGUUGGAGUUUAUGUGCACUCUGACUUUGAUCUUUAUUGCGUUUGGGGUAGCACUGAAUCCGAGGCAGGAGAGAAUUUAUGGUCCGGCGUUGGCUCCGUGGCUUGUAGGUUUGACUUUAGGUCUGUUGAGCUGGGGAUCGGCGUAUGAGAAACCUGGGUAUGCUGGUGCUAGUAUGAAUCCUGCUCGUUGUUUUGGUAUAUACGUUGGCAGUGGGUUCCCUGGAUAUCAUUGGAUACACUGGGUUGGGGUUAUCUGCGCCACUUUAGCACAUGGCGUAUUCUACCAAUUACUACCACCUUGGAUUUCUGAGAAGGCGAAGUAA